AUGAAGGUGGGGGAUUGUCAUCUAAUUGAUUAAAAUAAAUUAUCAAAAGGAGGAAAAUAUUAAAAGGAGUUUGACAGAAUUAAAGAGUUGUUGCUUUAUAUGUUUAUUGAUUUGCUUAUUUUGUUCGCUUAAUUAAAAUACUAAAGUUGUAUGUCAAAUGAAAUUAAUAUCUUCUUAUGGAAAAUUAAUGUCUUAAAUACCUCAAAAAACUUUUCUCAAUAAAAUUUAUUGAGAAAACAACUUAAUUAAAAUGAUCGUUUAAUGGUAUGA